CAAAAACUCGAAAACAGAAACAUACACAGAAUACACAGCAGAUAUAAUAAAACUUUGUCACAUUCUUGAGCCUCAAAUGUCAGAGAAAAGAAUAGUAGGAUAUGUUUUGAGAGGCUUAGACGUAGGAGCAUUGCAACAUGUUGCUUUCAUGGACAAUGCAUCAGUUGAAGAUUUAGAGAAAAAUCUCGCCAAAUAUGAAAGAUCUCGCUUCCUUCUAGACAAAAAGUUAGGAAUGCAUAAUGCUUCAAUCCUGUCAGAUGACGAAGAAGACGAUUGCCAGUUCAAGCAGAAAGGCCUCUGCUUGAUUCCGAGGAAAAAGAUGUCGAACUCCGCCACCCAAGCCACUUGUCUCCACCUUCUAACAUCAGAAGCAGACGUAUCGGAGCUACGAGAAGUCUGCAAAUUUGAUUGUAAAGCAACUGACAAUCAAACCCUAAUCACUCGCCUACGAGAAGACACCUUCCUAUUCCACAACACCGGCAAAAAGACGACAAUUCGCUGUAAAAACUCAACAACUUAGGUCCCAAGCAACAGUCCAGGAACCCUAUCACUCCACAUCCCUUGCAACUGCAAACUUCAAGACGACAACGGCGACGUACUGAUAAGCACUCUUUAUCCUUGCGACUCCCGUUCCCAUCCUUCUCCAGCUAUUAAUAACUUAAUUCCUCACAUGUGGACAAAUUUAUCUAAAUUGAGCAUCCCAAUUUUUAAACAUGAGACUCUGCCUCAGUACUUAAACCUUUCGGAAAUCUUAAAUGAAAAUUGGCACUUGAAUUUUUCAAAAUUUGAAGAGCACAACUCAUUCUCAGAAGACAUUUUCCAUCAUGUUGAAAUGCCAAAUAACUUUGAUUUGUUAGGGGUGAACAAUAAACUGAUCAUUUAUAUUAUUAUUGUCUGGCAAACACUGAUAACUGUUAUAUUCUUGUAUUUAUGUCUUCAAAAUUAUAUUAAGAAGAAAGCAAAUCAACUGAGAGUCCCGAAACGUACUCCAAUUGUGGACUACCCACAGGAGCUUUAAGAAUAUAUUGUGUUUUAGUAAAGUAGUAUGUAAUGAAAUCAUUAAAAUAAUGGGUUAGGAUAUAGGAAACUAUGCAAAUAAUAAUUACUUAUUCACUAUUAUUGUAUCCAUUUACUCUUUUAUGCUAUCGAUUCAAAUAUUUUCCCAGAUUAGAAGAUAAACUAUUUCAAUUAUUAUUAUUAUUCUUAUUUUCAAGGUCCACAAUAUUAUUUUGCUUACUCGAAUACUAUUCGGACUUGAUGUUUAAUUUUUGCAUUAUGAUUCAAUUUUAUUACUUUC